AUGGGGCGGGACCUGAACAGACUCUUUUAAGUGGUGUAAACAGCUUGAAGUGCUGGAGCUGCAGCCUGUCCACGAUGUGGCUCUCCGCUCUAGUCCUGACCUCCCUUGCCACUUCCAUAGCUUGGGGGGGGCACCCGUCCUCGCCACCUGUGGUGGACACCGUGCAAGGCAAGGUCUUGGGCAAGUACGUCAGUGUAGAAGGAUUUGCACAGCCUGUGGCCGUCUUCCUGGGAGUCCCUUUUGCCAGGCCUCCUCUGGGGUCCCUGAGAUUUGCUCCGCCACAGCCCGCAGAGCCAUGGAACUUCGUGAAGAACACCACCACUUACCCUCCCAUGUGCUCCCAGGAUGCAAUGGGGGGGCAGGUGCUCUCAGAGCUCUUUACCAACAGAAAGGAAAACAUUGCUCUCAAGUUGUCUGAAGACUGCCUUUAUCUAAAUAUUUACACUCCCACUGACUUGACAAAGAAAAGCCGGCUGCCGGUGAUGGUGUGGAUCCACGGAGGGGGUCUGGUGGUGGGCGGAGCGUCAACCUAUGAUGGACUGGCCCUCUCUGCCCAUGAAAACGUGGUGGUGGUGGUCAUUCAGUACCGCCUGGGCAUCUGGGGAUUCUUCAGCACAGGGGAUGAACACAGCCGAGGAAACUGGGGUCACUUGGACCAGUUGGCUGCACUUCGCUGGGUCCAGGAGAACAUUGCCAACUUUGGAGGGAAUCCAGGUUCUGUAACCAUAUUCGGAGAGUCAGCAGGAGGUGAAAGCGUCUCUGUUCUUGUGCUGUCUCCCCUGGCCAAGAACCUUUUCCACCGGGCCAUCUCGGAGAGCGGCGUGGCCCUCACGGCUGCCCUGGUUAGGAAAGACAUGAAGGAAACAGCUCAGCAAAUUGCUGUCUUUGCUGGGUGUAAAGCCACCACCUCGGCUGUCCUUGUUCACUGCUUGCGCCAGAAGACGGAAGAUGAGCUCUUGGAGACGUCGCUGAAGUUGAAAUUUUUCGCCCUUGAUAUGUUUGGAGACCCGAGAGAGAGCCAUCCCUUCCUGCCCACGGUCGUUGAUGGCGUGCUGCUGCCAAAGAUGCCUGAAGAGAUUCUGGCUGAAAAGGAAGUCAACUCUGUCCCCUACAUCAUCGGAAUCAACAAGCAUGAGUUUGGCUGGCUUCUUCCAAUGAUGAUGGGUUACCCACUCUCCGAGGGAAAGCUGGACCAGAAGACGGCUGCAUCACUCUUGUGGAGGUCCUACCCCAUCACUGGGGUCCCUGAGGAGCUGACUCCACUGGCCACUGAGAAGUAUUUAGGGGUGACGGAUGACCCUGCCCAAAAGAAGGACCUGUUCUUGGACAUGUUAGCAGAUUUGGUAUUUGGUGUCCCAUCUGUGACUGUGGCCCGUCAUCACAGAGAUGCCGGAGCCCCCACCUACAUGUAUGAGUUCCAGUAUCAUCCAAGCUUCUCGUCAGACAUGAAACCCAAGACGGUGGUAGGGGACCACGGGGAUGAGCUCUUCUCUGUCUUCGGGGCCCCAUUUUUGAAAGGUGGUGCCUCAGAAGAGGAGAUCGGGCUCAGCAAGAUGAUGAUGAAAUACUGGGCCAACUUCGCCCGGACUGGGAACCCCAAUGGGAAGGGGCUGCCCUCUUGGCCAGCUUACGACCAGAAGGAAGGGUACCUGCAGAUUGGAGUCACCACUCAGCCAGCCCAGAAGCUGAAGGACGAGGAAGUGGAUUUCUGGACUGAGCUCCUGGCCAAGGGGGCGGCAGAAAUGCCACCUCGCACAGAACACGUGGAGCUGUGAAUGGGAGGCCUGCCUGGCCUUGGGGCCCGGGGAGCCCAGACAGAGGUAUUCUACAGAUGGUGUUAAUGAGCCAAAGAGCAAUCUUACUGUGGAGGCUAGGGAUUGUCUGGUGGAGGAGGGUGGAGGUUGGGGAGGGGGAACUGUGGCUUCCAUCUGGGGAAUAAAUUCUUUAGGAGACCAA